AAUUGCAAGGUCAAGUGUUUCGGCGUGAAUACCACUCUGAUCGUGUAUUGUUAGGAGUGAAAGUGCCUAAAAGUGUAUAUCUAAGUGCGAAGUUAAAUUUAUUUAUGUGUUUUAUGUUCAGUAAAAUUAUAUCAGUUUUGCAGUGCAUAUUAUACCAGUGCAAUACGAACUUGGCUCAGCCACAUGAUGUGAAACCUCAUCUCUUCGUACGCGAAAGUGAGUCGGUGACAGCUGUCAGGUGUAGAAAGUGUCUGCCGCCAGGAGCAGCUUGGUUCAAUGGUGUUAAUAAAAUGCCCGCCGGAAGAUCAGCAACUUCUGAGCUAUUGUUGUAAUGACAAUGGUAAAAUUGUAUGCUGUUCAGAAGAAGAUUUUAUCCACCGAGAAGAUGGACAAAGUGUCGAGGCAGUCACAUUGCUUGCAGUUUCUGGAUUUAUUACGAUACUUAUAGUCACUAUCCUUUGCUAUGUUCGCUGGCACAGCAGGUUCCUAAAAUCCGACUCUUCCGAAUUCUCUCAUACUGCUAAGAAUUUGGAGACUGUCACUGCACAGCAAAAUGAGCAUCAAGGAACUCUGCCACCCCAGGCUACUUUUAAGAGGACAAUACCUUCCUGCCGCUACGCUGAAGUUCUGAAAUCAAUUUUAAACGAAGAUAAGGAAGAGAUAUUCUUUCCAAAAAAGAAUGAUCGAAAGUAGUUAACGAGUUUUUUAAAUAAAGAAAUUAGCAUUUCAAUACUAUGUAACACUAAUUUUAUGUAGCUCAAUUACAGGAAGGUAAGGGAAUUCAUGGUAUAAUAAUAAAGAGCAAUACAUUUAUUUUUAAUGUGAGAAAUGUAUUCCUGCAGAACGUAUUUGAAAGACGUUGCAUAAAAGAUUAAUUGCCUCGAGACUUGUAAUAACAUUGAUAUUUUAAGAAUGUUUAUAUUUUCUGUGACGCAUCUUAAUUUCGAUAAGACGAAGACUAAAAACAAAUUGUUCAGCUUAAUUCUACAUUUUCAUCUUCGUGAGAACCUCAGAUCUUGAAAAACUUAUUCAAACAUUCAUUUUUCUUUAGCUUGUUUCAAGAUGACCACGCAGCGAAUUGUCUACAUGGUCUGUUCCCUCCCACUGCCAAGGGGGCUUCCAUUUAAUUUGGAAAAUACUGAACUUCAGGUAACGCGAUAGGCA